AUGUUGAACAAACAAAUAACACUCCGUACAGAGUUGUCUGUUAUUUUGGCUCAUGGGCGUAUUACCGAGACAUGCAUCAAGCUCGUGGCAGGGUCAUUUGAGCCGGAAAUGGCAAACCCAUUGUUAUGCACUCAUAUGAUGUACGGUUUCGCUAAACUCGGCGAUAACAACGAGAUCGCCGUUUAUGAAGAGGGUUUGGACCUUGGUGACACCGAUUGGCAAAGUAGCCCCGUAUGGGGUCGAGGCUUUUAUCGGCGCACUGAGCACUUGCGUGACGUGAACCCCGACCUAAAAGUGUUGAUAUCGAUCGGGGGCUGGAAUGAGGGCUCAAACAAGUACUCAAAAAUGGCCGCCAACGCAGCCUCGAGGGCACAGUUUGUCAACUCUGUGGUCAAGUUUUUGAAAGAGUAUAAGGAGUACCCGGGCUUCGCGGCCGAGACGGGACCCGAUAUCGACCGAACACCCGGCGACCCGAAAGACAAACAGAAUUACGUAGAGUUAUUGCGCGAACUCCGGGCGGCACUCAAACCGCAUAACUAUCUGUUGACUGCGGCGGUCAGUGCCGGCAAAGCCACUAUCGAUGUGGCCUACGAUGUAAAACAACUUGAUCAAUUGUUAGACUUUGUCAAUAUAAUGUCUUAUGAUUUUCACGGCGGCUCUUUUGAAAAUAUUACUGGCCACAACGCGCCCCUGUAUGCCGACCCUAAAGCCGAUGAAAAACAAAAAACUCUAACUGUUUCGUACGGAGUCGAGUAUUGGUUGAAACUGGGCUUAAGUCCCAAAAAGUUGAACAUGGGCUUUGCUACCUAUGGCCGCUCAUUCACCCUGGCCGAUCCAAACAAUCACGGUUUGGGCGCCCCCGCUGUUGGCAAAGGGGGCGACAUUGGCCCGUACACUAACCAAGCGGGAAUGUUGGGCUAUAACGAGGUUUGCGAGUAUUUGAAGGCCGGGUGGACAGCCUAUCGGGACUCGACCCAAAAGAUAGUGUACGCCGUGAAGGGUAACCAAUGGGUGGGUUAUGACGACGAGCAGACAUUUCAGGAUAAGCUCUCGUACCUGAAGGGCAAGGGUUUGGGCGGAGCUAUGGUCUGGUCGAUAGACACCGACGACUUUCACGGCUAUUGCGGUCCACUUAAACACCCGUUGAUUAAGACUAUCAGUCGUGAACUCAACGAGACGGACAAUGCAAAUUACAACGUGGUUUGUUAUUGGGGUUCAUGGUCAUUUUACAGGCAAUCAAACGGAAAGUUUGAGCCGGAAAUGUCAAACCCUCUGCUGUGCACUCAUCUGAUGUACGGUUUCGCUAAAUUGGGCGCAAACAACGAAAUCGCUGUGUUUGAACCCGAUUUGGACCUUGGUGACACCGAUUAUAGAAGUGGCUUACCAUGGGGCCGAGGCAUGUAUCGGCGCAUUGAGCACUUGCGGGACGUGAAUAAAAACAUGAAGGCCUUGAUAUCGAUCGGGGGCUGGAAUGAGGGCUCAACCAAGUACUCAAAAAUGGCAGCCAAUCCCGGAGCC